UCCACCCCCCUCCUCUGGCUCCGCAGUGGAGGCGCAAGGUUCGGGUUUAUCCGCUUCAAUUGAGGACGACCGUGAUGAUGGUGGUGGUGAUGGUAGUGCGUUGGUAGCGAUGAUUGUGAUGAUGGCGGUGGUGGUGGUGAUGAUGGCGCGGAGUGGUUCGUAAGGCGUUGGGUGCGCGCACCUGUGACCGUCUGGAGAGACAUUGAGACGGGGAGACACUUGGGGGAGACAGCGGGGAGACGCUGACAGAUACAGCGGGGAGACGCUGCUGAGAGACACGGGCAGAGAGAGAGGAAGAGAGAGACACGCAGAGACGUGGAGACACAGACGGGGAGAGACAGGGGAAGAGACACAGGGAGACAGCGUGACAGUGAGAGAGAGAGAGCUUUCAGAGAGAGAGAGUCGCGCACACACGGAGGCGCAGAGAGAGAGAGAGCGAGCGAGAGAAAACGAGAGGCAGUGGAGCGGAAAGAAAGCGCGGGGGAGAGCUGAGAGAGAGAGAGAAAUGCGAGGAGUUGUGAGCUGCAUUCACAUCCACCACAGCCUCUCACGGCACCUUGUCCAUUCACAUCGUCACAUCACCGCUUCGCAUCACCCCGGCGCACAUCACACCAUCGCACAUCACACCAUUGCACAUCACACCAUCGCACAUCGCACCAUUGCACCCCCAUUCCUUUCGGCAUUUGAAUCCUCACGACCCUACACAUCCAUCCACGCACCACUCCAAUGUCACGCCUCGCCACCACAUCACCGGCACUCGCAUUGCGUGCUCUGAGCGCUCGGUUACCCGUCGCCGUGACCAUCAUCAUCAUCACAUCAUCGCCUGCAUGACAUCCUCACAUCGCAUCAUCGCCUGCAUCACAGCAUCACGCAUCGCUAAACAGAAACAUCGCAUCUGCAUCAUCGUGUCCAGACUCAUCAUCAUAUCCCUACACACAAUCACUCUACUCGCAUAGCCACAUCGCCCACACACACACAUUUAACAAGUCUCACACACCAUCACAUCCUCACGCAGCCCCCACAUACACGAACGCAUAAUCACAUCACCCACACACACACCGUCAUCAACUCUACGCACCUACACACACACACACCUUCAAACACCAUCAUAUCACCCAUCCACACACGCAUAAAUCACACCAUAAUUCUACCCACAUCCACAGGCAUCACAUCACCCACGCACACCGACGCACAUCACACACACACACAUCACACACAUCACACCAUUACAUAACCCACCCACACCAACACACAUCACACUAUCACUCUACCCACACACACACACCCAUCACAUCACCCACACCGACACAUCACACACACACACACACCCAUCACAUCACCCACACCAACACACAUCACACUAUCACUCUACCCACACCCACACACACCCAUCAACAUCACCCACACCGACACAUCACACACACACACACCCAUCACAUCACCGUCACCCACCCACACCAACACACAUCACACACACACAACCAUCACAUCACCCACCUCUACCGACACACUAUCACUCUACCCACACACACACACCCAUCAACAUCACCCACUCCGGUACACAUCACACACACACACCCAUCAACAUCACCCACACCGGCACACAUCACACACACAUCACACCAUCACAUCACCCACCUCUACCGACACACUAUCACUCUACACACACACACCAACAUCACCCACGCACAUCGCUCAAUCGCUACGCAUCCGUAACCAGCCCCCGGGGACAUCUCCAUCACCGCCACCACCACCACCACCACCAUGCUACAGCUGCUGCGUCUGAUGCUGCUGCUGCUACUGCUUUGGACGCUGCACGGCAGCGGCAGAAGGGCCCAGGGCAGGGAGCUGGCCAUCAUGGGCCUCAUCCCCAUGGACGUGAAGUCGGGUCCCGCCGACUCGGCCCGGGGCAUCAUGCCCGCGGUGGAGCUGGCGCUGGCGCGGGUUAACAGCAAGGGGAGCGGAGCCUCGCUGACUCAGCACGGCCGCCUCGCCAUCAAGUGGUACGACACGGAGUGCGACAACGCCAAGGGCCUCAAGGCGUUCUUCGACGCCAUCAACUUCGGGCCCAACACUUCGUUGGUGUUCGGCGGCGUCUGCCCCACCGUGACGGCCACCAUCGCCGAGGCCCUCCUCUCAUGGGACCUCGUGCAGCUGUCGUUCGCGGCCACGACGCCGGUGCUGGCGGACAAGAAGAAGUACCCCUUCUUCCUGCGCACGGUGCCCUCGGACAACGCCGUGAACCCGGCCAUCGCGCGCUUCCUGCGACACUUCAGGUGGCGCCGCGUCGGGACCCUCACCCAAGACGUGCAGCGCUUCUCCGAGGUGCACAACGACAUGACGAAGAACGGCAAACUGCACGUGAGCAAAUGCAACAAGAAGAUGUACGUCAACUACUUUGGCCAGCUGCUGGCGGGCGUCAUCAAGAUGAACAGCGCUCCCCUCUUCCUCCACCACGUCCUCAUCAGCGGCGUCUCCAGCUAUGACGCAAACCUCGAUUGCUGCUGCCUCUUCAUCAAGGUGUACCAGGGCAUGCAGCUCGUGUGCACCUCGGGCGUCUACGACGUGCAGCAAGGGAGCACCGAUCAGCUCUGCAUCGGCAUCCAGCCGGCGCUCAUGCUCAAGGGGGACAUCCUGGUGAAGUGCUACCACAAGCGGUUUGGCAGUGCGGGGCGGGACGAGGUCUUCCGAGUCCAGUUCCACACAGGGGCCGUGCAGGGCCUGCCGCUCUGCUUCGCAAAACACGAACUGGAUCACGCAAACACCGAUGAGAGGUUCCCACAGCAAGGAAAGGUGGAGUUCAAGCUGUCCACGAGGCCAGAGUCGUCCAAAGACUGCGUGGAGCUGCCGAACGGGCCCGGGGUGCGAGUGCGCUACGGAUCGUCGGACCCGCUCGUCCGCUGGGACUCCUACGAGAGCUUCGUGAACGCGCACAGAGACAGCGACGUGGCGCGGGGCCCUCUGGACGGCGGCGUGUACGCCAGCGUGCGCAGCACCGCACGCUCGCCGCACCGACGCGGCCCCGGCCACACCACCAACAGCAACAACAACGGCACAGCAGGCGCCGGCGCGCCGAGUCUCGGCGGGGGACGGCCAGGAGCGCACCAGCAGCAGCAGCUCCAGCAGCAGCAGCAGCACGCUCGAUCCCGUAGCGCCGACUCGGGGAACUCGUCGGCGUCCGCCAGGACCGACCACACGGACCGCGUGCCGCCCUCGCCGCGGCGGGGCGACCCCGCGGCCAUGGCGGGCCGCGCCGGCAGGCCCGGCGGAGGCUUCGGCGGAGUAGCCGGCGCCGGGGGUCGCUACACGGUGCCGGCGCUGGUGCACGUGAACGGCACGCGCGGCGGCGGCGGCGGCUUCACGGGGGCCCCCGCGCUGCGGGAGACGGACAUCCUGGACGACGAGCCGGGGUACUCGCCGGCGCCGGCGACGCCGCAUCCCCGGCAGGCGCCGGCAGAGGCGCGCUACUACGGCUACCGGCCGCCCGCGGCGCACGAGGCCCGGGUCUCCUUCCAACAGCAGCAGCCGCCGCCGCCGCCGGAGCACUACCAGCGCUACCAGCCACUGCAGCAGCCGCAGCAGCUGUACCAGCUGGAACAUUACCAGCUGCACCAGCAGCAGCAGCGGCAGAGCGGCCACGCGGCGGUGCCCGAGAGCUGGGGCUGGCUCCCGGCGGGCACGGGCGUUGGCGAGGCGCCGCGUGGGUGGGACGCGGCGCCGGCUGGCACGGACGCGAGCGUGGCGCAGCUCAACCUGCUCAUGCUGGACCUCGACCCCGGAUUCUUGACGCCGGCGGCCGGGACCCAUGGGGCCCACGAGGCCCACGGGGCCCAUGGGGGUUACGAGGCCCACGGAACCCACGGGGCCCACGAGGUCCAUGAGGCUCACGGAACCCACGGGGCCCACGGGGGCUAUGGAACCCACGGAGCCCACGGAGCCCACGGAGGCUACGGUGAUCACGGGAUCCACGGGGGCUACGGCAGCACGAGCGGAGGAGGAGGAGGAGCGUCGCCAUGCGGAGGUAACGAGGAGGGCCGCUACGCGCACGCUGCUGCCGGCCCCACCGUGGGCCGCGCCCUCUCCCCGGCGGCCCGGUUCUCGCCGGAGCCUCUCGCCCGUUCCAUCGGCGCUCCUCGCUCCUCUUCGUCGUCCUCCUCCUCGCCGCUCCCGCCACCUCCUCCUCCUCUUCCCGCUCCUCCCUCUUCAUUUCACCCGACGCCUCGGCCCCACGGCGGCCUCCUCUUUCCGGCGCCGGCCGCCGCGGCCGCGCCCGCGCCGUACGGCGCGACGCGCCACCGCAUCUCGCCGGCGCCCGGCCUGGCGAGACCUCUCGGGGUGCCGUCACCAUCUCCCCCUCCCCCUCCCCCACCUCCUCCUCCUCCCCCUCCUCCCCCUCCUCUGCCGCCGCCGCCGCCCCCCCACGCGGCCCGCCGGGCCAACGUGCCGCCGCCGUCGCCGCAGCCGGUGCGCCGCUCCCCAGCGCCUCCUCCGCCGCCGUCGCCGUCGUCGCUACCGCGCUAUGUGCCGUUCGGCGCGGUGCGCACGCCCUUCCAGUCGCUGGGCCCCAUCGGCACCGUCGCGCCCACCGCGCUAACCCCCCGCCCGGCCGGGCCGGCGUGGGGGGGGCCACUGGGUGGUCACGGUGCUGCUGCUGCUGCUGCUGGUGGUGCUGGUGGUGGUAGCGGUGGCUUUGGCGGCAGCGGCGGUAUCGGAGGUGGUGGUGGGUUUGUUGGUUCCGGGGGUUUUGGUGGCACCGGCGGUGCUUCUGGUAGUGUUGGCGGUACCAGCGGCGGUUUCGGAGGCUUCGGCGCUGGUGCCCGUGCCAGCCCCCCGUUGCCGGGACACGGUGGAGACGGCACCGGCGAGGAGGAAAAGGAGGAGGGGGAGGAGGGGGAGGAGGAGGAGGAGUACAGCCUGGCGGGGCUGGUGCGGCAACGCGUGUCAGAGUACAACGCCAUGCUGCAGGGGAGGCUGGAGAGUGGCGGCUCCCCACUCCCCACUCUGCGACUCCGCUCGCACUCCGCGCCCGGGCCCCGGCCUAUGGGGCCCGGGCUGCAGACCCGGGUGGAGUCCAUGCGGCGGAGAGCGGCCAGCGUGGGGCCCCGGGAAGAGGGAGAGGCCCAGGGGGGUGGGGCCACAGGGGCCCGCCACGACGCGGCCUGCGUGCCGGCACCCCGCGAGGAGUACGGGGGGACCCCCUUGGGAGCCCACAGGGCGCCGAGCCCCUACUCCCACUCCCCGACUCCGGGGUACGCGACGGGGCCCCCCACGCCCACGUUCCCCGUGGCACCCCCGACUCCCUACACACAGCUGAGAAGCCACUCGCGACCGCUCGCCUACAGCCCCGGCGAGGACUCCCCGAUCGGGUCGCCCCCCUCGUUGACCGGCGCGGGUCAGCUGAGCAGCCCUGCCGCAUUCGCCUCCCACAGCAGCGGCAGCAGCAGCCUGGAGAGGGGCUCACCGGCUCAUCAGCAGCAUCACCAUCAGCAGCAGCAGCCGCAGCUGCAGCAGCAGCUGCAGCAGCAGCAGCAGCCGCAGUUGCAGCAGCAGCAGCUGCAGCAGCAGCCCGCGCUGCGCAUGGCGACCCCGUCCCCGGACUUCUCCGGCUACUUCGCCGAAGGCUCUGUGGGAUUCGGCGAUGGGUUCGGCACCGCCCAGGCCUACCCCUUCAGGCCCCGCGCCAGCCCCGUCCCUCGCCUGGGCGACCUGACAGACGGCUCGCCCGACGGACCCCGGCACCAUCUCGGCGGCCACCCCGGCCAUCACCCGGCGGGGCCCGCGGGGGCCGGGGCGUGGCGAGGGGGGCCGGCGGGGCUCGGCUUCGGCGGCCCGGCGACGCCGGACAGCCCUCGGCCGUGCCGGCGGAACGUCGCCACGAACACGCCGCCGCCGCCGGCAUCGCCGGCGCUCGCCGGCCCCGGCGGCGGCGCGGUCUGGCGCGACGGCGGCCCCGGCGGCCCCGUGCCGCACAACGGCAGAGCCAGUCCCGAGAUGCGCAGGGUGGCGGGCGGCGCGUUGGCGACGGCACCGCCGUCGCCCCCGCGCCGCUCCGGCCCGUCGCCCGCGCCGCCGAUGUACGCGCCGAUCGGCGGUAGCGGCGGGUACCCGGCGUUCGAGACCGGAGCGCCGGCGGCGCCGGCGUGGGAGGGGGGCUGGGCCGGUCGGCACGGGGCGGCGGCGGGUUACGACGGCGCCGCGCCGGCGGGCUCGCCGCCGUCCACCGGGCCGUCCACGCCGAGCGGCAGCUUCGCCGACGUGUCGACCGAUUUCGCCGGGGGAGGCGUCCCGCAGCACGACACGCUCAAGUACUCCAGCGGCGGCACGCUGUCCGGCGACAUGAGCGCCAAGACAAGAGCCAACGUGAAGUUCGUGCAGGACACGUCCAAGUACUGGUACAAGCCCGAGAUGUCCCGCGACCAAGCGAUCGCGGUGCUGCGGGCGCGUGAGCCCGGCGCGUUCGUGGUGAGGGACAGCCACUCGUUCCGCGGGGCCUACGGCCUGGCCAUGAAGGUGGCCACCGCCCCGCCCGGCGUGCCGCACCCCAACAAGAGCGGUGACGGCACUAACGAGCUGGUGCGUCACUUCCUCAUCGAGUCGUGCGCCAAGGGGGUCCGGCUCAAGGGCUGUCCCAACGAGCCGGUGUUCGGGAGCCUGACGGCGCUCGUGUACCAGCACUCCAUCACGCCGCUCGCCCUGCCCUGCAAGCUCGCCAUCCCCUCGCACGACCCCCUGGACGCGGCGCUGGAACCCGUGGCGCGGGAGCCGACGGCGAGCCCCGUAGUGGUGCCCAGCUCCGUCUCCGAGCUCCUGCGGCAGGGGGCAGCGUGCAACGUCCUCUUCCUGGGCGUGGUGGAGAUGGAGUCGCUCACGGGCCCGCUGGCCGUGGGCAAGGCCGUGAGCGAGACGCUGACGCAGAGUCCCGCGCCCACGCCCACCGUCGUCCACUUCAAAGUGUCGGACCAGGGCAUCACGCUCACAGACAACCAGCGCAGGUUGUUUUUCCGAAGGCACUACCCAGUCUCCACGGUCACCUUCUGCGACCUGGACCCUCAGAACCGACGCUGGAGGAGAGAAAACGGCAACAAUGCAGCUGUGUUCGGCUUCGUGGCGCGCAAGCAAGGCAGCGUGUCCGACAACAUGUGCCACCUCUUCGCCGAGCUGGACCCCGAGCAGCCCGCCUCCGCCAUCGUCAACUUUGUCUCCAAAGUCAUGAUCGGCUCCACCCGCUAGUCGACUUCCUGCCGCCACUCUGCCGACUUGCCGCCGAACUCACCUGCCCGCCAAGCUACAAACGUUUUUCUAAGUCGCCUUCCUCCGCUGCCUCGCGGGGGCCGCCCGCUCGCUUUCACGGCUGUUACGUUGAAGCACCUCCUCGGCAGACAUGAUCUAUCCACUGCUGGACGGGGGCCUCCCCGACCUGCUGUGGACUACACGCGUAUAUGGUUCCCAGAGGCAGGCUGCAGCGGGUGAGGAUUGGGUGACCGUGCCACACCGAUGAGUCCUUGUCGGGAUGAAACCGGUGCAUCACGCGCGGUGUCUGUCGCCGCGUCGUCUCUCUGCGCGUCGUUACGCACUCCACAGCUUUCGUUUCCGCUUUUUUAAGGGGUCAGCGUCCACGUGUUUCCGAUCCGCACGUCGCAGCGAGUCUCAGACACUGGUAAGCGAGCGCACGCGCGUUAAGGCUUUAGGCGCGUCGAUCGCGUAGCUUUUCUAAAUGAAUUCCUCUGCAACUCGGGAGGAGAGUUAGGAAUGAAGGGGGGGGGGGGGGGUCCCUACUGCGCUCCAGAGCUCCGGACGCCGCUCCGCACGGUCGGUGCGAGGGGGGCGACCGUGGGCGGAGAGAGGCUGGCGAUGGGAGGCGGGAGGAGGCAAUGAUGGGGGGGGGGGGGGGGAGAUGAUGUAAGGUGCAGAUGGGAGGGAAAGGAGGAAAAGGGGGAAAUUAUGGUGAGGGGGAUGAGGUGAUGAUGGAGAUGCUGUGAGGAGGGGCAGGAGAUGUGAGGAGGAGAUAAUGGGAGGAGGAAGUGACGAAAGGGGAGAUUAUGUAAGGAGAAAGUAGGGCAAAAAGAUGAUGACGAUGGCGACGAUGUGCACGCCCUGGCUUUACGAGUAUUUACGAGGGCAGUGGGUGAAGAGGAAUCCGACCGUGCGGUCUGUGACGAGGACCUUGCGCGCACGGCGGCGAGCAGCCCAUGCUGAGCAACGGGCCACGAAGACACCUCGAGUCCACGUGACAAGGAAUCGUAACCAUGUGACAAGGGACCGAGCCGCCCAGAAUGCAUUGCAAAGGCUCAGCAUUGCUCCCCGAGCAAACAUAACAGGCGACAUUUUGAUUUGGGGAUAAAGUAUUAUCCUUUUUUUUCUUUUACAAAAGUAAAUGAGACAAAAAAAAUCUGACAGGCAUCGUAAAAUUGAUUUUCAGCUCGGGCCUCGCAAUGAUCCUGCAAAAUUUGUGUUGUCGAGACCCCCACCACCCGACACAUCAAAUUGUCACGUGGGUGCACACGCGUUUCGCGACGCAUCGGUGGCGGAGUUAAACGACAUCGUCAGCUCAGGGGAUGCGGCAAUCGGUCAGGCGGGCCCCUCAAUCCUGUUGGAAACAAAACUCACGGUGGUUGUCAAGGCGCCCCCCCCCCUUCCCCAACUCGAAGCUUUGGCCACCAGGGGGAGCCAAAGGCACCACCUGCCCCCACGCGAGCGACGCUCCUUAUGACGUUUCGGCUCAACUCGCCAAUGGGAAGAGAGUGACUCGGAGUAAACAACGUGCUCACCCCACCCACCCAGUCACUCACCACACCCUCACCCCACCCCAGUCUCACCCCCACCCCAGUCACCCCCUCACCCCAGUCACCCUCACACCUUCACUCACCGACAUCCUUCAAGGACGCGGGACCCAGAGGAUGAACGGAUCCGAAUUCGUGUUUCUGCGAAGCACGUGGUAAGCUCACGUGGCAAGCUCACGUGGCAGGCAAUAAUUAACAACGAUGACGUUAGAGAGAAGCGCCCCGGGUAAUAUUAAUGAUUGUCGAGUAUGAACGCAAAGUGUAAUAACUUAUAGCACGUGCCGCGAAACAUGCGCUAUAACGCAUGCUGUGGGGGGGGGGGGGGGGGGACACGGCAUUACCUGUCGACGCGUACGGUUCAAACCCCGUAUUCUUCUUGUCCAUGGAAAUUUGAGUUUUCAGGUCCAUACGGCGUACAGCCAUUUAAUUUCGGGCAGAAAAAAAGAUCACAUGUGUCUACGUGUUUGUGUUUCUCCCUUGUGAUGGGACGUUGUAGGAUGGAACGUUGAGAUUGAUAAGGGGCACGCCGGGUGACCAAUACGGUCUGAAUUGGUCUGUGAUAAGGUAGGGGGCACUCAUCAGGGGUUGACAGGUAUGGAAGAGUCCCUGGUAAUGGCGUGUGUGUGUGUGUGCGUAUGUACGCUAUCUCGAGGUGAAAUCGACAAGCUAAAUGUAUUUUUUUCCACAGUAACUGAAAUAUUUACGUUGCAAGCGAGACAACAACAAGAAAACACGUUAUACACUUUGCGUGCGUUUUAGAGACGUACGGGCACCCCGCGCGUGCGUGGGCACGUGGGCGCGCGCGUGCACGUGGAGGGCUCAUGGUGGCGACAACGGCUUCGAGUCACUUUUGGGUUCGUUCGGCGUCGGGAGCGAACGAACGACGGCUCCGGUGGGGGGGGGGGGUGUUCACGAUCGGCGUUCGUCGGCGACCGAGAGCCAAAAAAAAAGGCUCCGACUUCUCGAUCGCACCGAGCGCCGCAUACCCCCCUACCCCCACCACCCCUACCCCCCACUUGGGGUGGUGAUGCCCCCGGCCGUCGUCACCGUGCCACGCGCGGGAGCCGUGGUGUGGUGUGUGCGUGGUGUGUGCGUGGGGGUGGUGUGUGCGUGGUGUGUGCGUGGGGGUGGUGUGUGCGUGUGCCAGCGGACGCGCGUGCCUGAUUGGUUCCCGUGCCACUGGAAGCACGUGCCAACUGAUUGAUGCACGUGACACUCGCAGCACGUGACACUCGAAGCACGUGCCGCUCGAAGCACGUGACACUCGCAGCACGUGCCACUCGCAGCACGUGACACUCGAAGCACGUGACACUCGCAGCACGCGCCACUCGAAGCACGUGACACUCGAAGCACGUGUCACCCGAUUGUUGUGUGUGUCAUCUUGAUACCCGUGCCACGCCCGGUGUCCGUCGUGUCCAGGGCAGACGCGGUGCUCCGCGGAUUUUGGGGGGGUGGGUGGAGUCGGCUGCUGGCAGGAUCCGUGCGAAUGCCCCAUCGUCCCGUGAUGCAUUUGAGCACUGCCCGCUCUCCCCGUUACCAAGUGUUACCGCAGUACUAAUAAUUACAGGUUUAUAUAAAUGUUGUGUUCAUGCCUUUAAAGACAUAUGUAUACAUAUAUACGGUCUAAACAAAUAUAUAUUUAUUUUUGGCUGCACUGAAAAUAUAAACUGUGCUUAAUACG